CGUUGCAGAAGAGGUUGUAGCCUCUGGUUCUCAACACCGCCAGCAUCGAUUCGAGUUCUUGGUCUGGUACGGCGAUGACGGUGACGGUGAAGGUGGAGGGAGGAAGAAUAUGAGGAGGAAGUUGCAAAACCCCCAACUUUUGGUAAAUAUUUUCCAAAUAGUACAACUUUUUGUAGUUUGUUAUAUUGUUAUAUGUGUUUUGAAUUGAUAGGGGAAAAUGGAACAAAUGAAUGACCACAUAAGAAAACUUAAGCUCUGUUUAAAGUGGUUUCAACAAGUUGAAAAAUGCCAUAUCAAGGAAAAGGAAAAGCUAUGUAAUACAUUGGAAUCUGCCGAGAGAAAAUGCACAGAAACAGGUAAAUUUUGCACCUUAAGUUUUUACAAAACUCUAAUGAGAAAUUAAUCUUCUAAUGUACCUCAUGUUCUUUCAGAGAUGGCUAUGAAAAAAAAUGGAGGUGGAUGGGACUCCACCUUAACCAGCAUUUGAAAUAUGUUUGGUAAAAGUAAUUCAAGGAUAAUUUUGUUUGGAGUUGGAAAUGCUAUUUUUUACCCAGGAUGGUGAGAGUUAGUGUCUUGAAUGAUGCUCUCAAGAGCAUGUACAAUGCAGAGAAGAUAGGAAAACGACAGGUCAUGAUCAGGCCAUCCUCAAAAGUGAUAAUCAAGUUUCUUAUUGUCAUGCAGAAGGAUGGUUACAUUGGAGAGUUUGAGUACGUUGAUGAUCACAGAUCUGGAAAAAUUGUGGUUGAAUUGAAUGGAAGGCUGAACAAAUGUGGGGUUAUUAGUCCUUGUUUUGAUGUUGGGGUCAAAGAGAUUGAACCUUGGACGACAAGAUUGCUCCCCUCAAGACAGUUUGGGUACAUUGUGCUGACAACAUCUACGGGUAUUAUGGACCAUGAAGAAGCUAGGAGAAAGAAUGUUAGUGGCAAAGUACUCGGCUUCUUUUAUUGAAACUCGUUUCAGAGGAUUGUUUUCAGAAUUUUUGGUUUAGUGUUAUUUUUACCCUUUUUAUCCUUGAAUUUGUGGGUACAUUGAGCAAAAACUACAGUAUAAUGAUGCUCCCGAAGAUAUUGAACCUGAAGAAAUUCGUCCAAUGGGAAACUAUGCUAUAUCAAUGACAUGGCCAGAUGGAUUUACCCAGAUAUUUCCCGAGUAGCAGUUUGCUUAUUGUGGAAUACAAGCGUGUGAAGAUUGCGAUUUACUUUUGUUUUUGUUAUCCACGGAAGAAUCAUGAGGGAAACUUUUGUUUUUGAUUUACGUUAUUUUGAAUUGUGAACAACAUUAUGUAUUUAAACAUUGUGUAUGUAUUAUGUAAUAUUAUGU